AGCUUCGCCGCGGCCGGACGUGCAAGUGGGGUAGCAUGCGCGCCGGGGUGAAACUUGCAAGCUCCCCCUUUAUCGAGCUUGCAGAUGGCUGUGCCUUUUAGAUUUUGACGUGUCCCUUCGUUCCUCCCCGUUCGUUCGUUCGUACGCUUCGUAGUGUAACAUUUCGACCGCUUAACUCGCCGCUCGCUUCACUGCUCGCUACUCCCCGACCACCAGCAACCCUCGACAUGCCCAGGAAAGUUAGAUUCAACGUCGUCUACGCCACGAGCGAGGAGGACAGACAUUCGUCGUUAGAGCUUAAUGUUCACGGGCCAACAGUGAGGGGUUGGCAAAGCGCAAGAAACUGUACGUAUCCUCAGGAACUCAUCUUACGUCUUCAUGGACCCACGAAACUUACGAGGAUACAAGUCCUGGCUCAUCAGUAUCUCAUACCCGAGAAACUGGAGAUCUGGACGUCGAGGGAGGAAAAUGCAUCCGCUUCGACGGACUUCAGUUACCUGGGCUACAUCACGCUGUCUGAUAAUGCCUCUACCCUUUACAAGAGCAGGGAACUGAAAAGCGUGGCUCUUCCGGAGACAGAAGCGGUGUCGCUGAAGCUUAGACUACAUAAACCGCACAGUAACGCGCACAACACUUGCUGUCAGGUUGGCCUUAUCGCUAUUAAUAUACUCGGCGAACCUUAUGGUCAAGAAUUAACUGGGCAAGGAGACGCCUUGUAUAAUCCGCACUACACUUCGCCUUACGAUGAUUUAGCAUUCGAGAUGUAUGUGGAUCGAGAAGUAGCUAAAAUUAUAAGACAAAUGGAAGCAAAAAAACUACAGGCGGUGGAAGAGGAGAGAUUCGAAUACGCCUCGAAGUUGAAAGUCGCGAUGGAGAAUCUGAGAAAAGCAGGUGAACGUCUGGGCAAAUACGAGUUGGAGAAAAAGUACGCCAUAGCUCUGGAAGACUAUGACAAAGCCAAAGCUAAAAAGGCCCAAGCCCAACAGUAUAGACAACAGGUUUAUCAAUCGUUGGAAAUAUAUAACUUGCUCGAGGUGCACGGGCCCAUGGAAAAGAACAAUACAUCAUCUAUGGAGGGCAAACAGCCGAUAUCGGCCGACACAUGUACCUCUAACUCAGCGACAGUGGUUCCUGAUGACAUCACGUCUCCUCCGAGACUAGUUAUUCCACCUAACCGCGACGGUGCCUUGUCACCCACUGGUCCUGCACAUCAGCCGCCUGUGUCGCCAUUACAUCAGAAGCCCAAUAGUCCUGAAGUGACUGAUAGCCCUACAAACGGUGUUAUUGAGAGACAGAGCAACUGCAAUAAAGGAUCCCUCAGACGAAAAACCAAGUCAGCGGGUCCUGCCCUUCGCUCGAGUUACGAAGCCUACGAGGAGAGAACCAUUCCCGCUCUGAGACACUCACACACGAACGAGUUUACCAGAGAAUGUCACUUGGACAGCGCAGAAACGAAAGUUACUUCGAAAUUGAACGACCGGGAGAAGAAACAAGCUGCGUUGCCUAUCGCGGUCUUCGGGAUGGACAUGGUAGAGAAGUUUUAUUCGAAACAAUUUACGGACAAAGAAGAAGGGCUGAUGCAACUGAAGGAAGAGCUGAAAGCGUUCGACCCAGAGGUAUCAAAACAUUCGCCCAACAAAACGGCCAGAGCGGCGAUUCUCCUGUUGCACAGGGCUCUCAGGGACAAAGUCUUCAGCGUGUACAGUUUGGCGGCACAGCUCAUUAGGAUCUUCUUCGCUGAAUUCGCAGCGGACAGAGUAUCAUCGACGGAAAUCGCCAGAAGCGUUGAACGUCUGCUGCCGGAGCUCCUAACAAAGUCCGGCGAUACCACUCCGAGGAUACACAACAUGGCAGUGCACACAAUUCUCAGCAUGGCUGAUUGCAAAUGCGUUCGUGAGCUACACAUAAUACCGGUACAUCUGACUAGGCCAGUGAACAGUAGCACGCAUCAGAGACUGGCGCUGAGCAGACUAGAGAUGGUAGAGCAAUUGAUACUGAGUCAUGGUAUCUCCACUGAGAAGCAAAGGUAUUGUAACUGUUGUAGCGGGCUGACCUGUCGGACGUUAUCCGAAUUAGGUUCUUCUGGUUUGCACCAUCCGGCCGAGGCGGUGCGGAAGGUCUCCGAGAGGAUUUUAGUGUUAGUGUAUAAAGUCAAUCCCAGGCUGGUGCGAAAGCAAUUGCCGCCUGACGAUGACAUCACUCGACGGAAUUUGUUGUACCGUCAGCUUUUUCACGAAUUCGAUCUGAUCGAUUUGCAGAGGAAGAAGGAAGCCGAGUCCACCCAUAAAGCAACAACGACGCCUACGCGAACUAAAUCUACGGAAAAUAAUGUAACUAGUUUAACCAAAUCACCUUCGAGAUCGAGCCCGGUCGUGAGUACCGGAAGUUCAACGAGUAUCACAUCUCCGUCCGAGAACAGUGUCGAUCAUAAAGGAGAUAAAAUGUGCAUAUUUUGCCUGUCGAAGGGUCAAGUGUACUCUGAAGAAGGUUUGAACAUACAUUACUGGAGGACUUGUCCUAUGUUAACAAAAUGCGAAGCGUGUAAACAAGUCGUAGAGAUAUCUUAUCUGAGUCUACAUUUAUUAAAUGAAUGCGAUAUGAGAAGUAAUUACGUGAAAUGCGAGACUUGUAAACAGGCGGUGCACGAAAGAGCAUUCGAGAACCACAGACAGGACAAAAAAUGCACAAAACCUAUAGAGGGAUAUGAACGCUGUCCCCUUUGUUCAGCUUUAGUCAAUCAAAACAAGUGGAGGGAACAUCUCAUGGGAGAACAUCCGUGUAUAAAUAAUCCACGAAGCAAAGUUGGGAAAAGCUGCUCGAAGUCACCAUCUAAUUCUCAAAAUCUUAGUGGCAAGUUGACGUCGCCAACGAGUAGGGAUUAUUAGCAUCAGGCAUCAACUUCGAAGCCAACGGAGGAACUCGAAAAGUCUUAGAAGAAUUUUGAUUUUAUUUAUUUUAUAGUUUAUCUAUACGUUAUGAGCUACCCAGCGUUUUUCAUAUUUGUAUCUAUAUUUAAAUGGUUUUUAUAGCAGAACCCGUCCUUUAUUCGUAGAAAUCUACAUUAAAUGGAUAAUUAGUCGUAAGUUGGGAACUCGAAGUUUGAAAAUUUAGAUAUGGUACGUUACGUGAAACGAGAGUUCGCGAAAGUCGUAUGGAAGAUAUGCUUUGGCAGGUAGCCAAGAUGCAGAAUAUUAGAGGUUGUUAACAGGUUCCACUCAUUCUAUCGUUAUUGCAUGAUAUCCAGGGCAUUUGUGGGGUUGCAUCAAUUACUAGGUAGUGUUAUCAAAUGUUACAACAUCUGUCAUUUCAGAAUUCCUCUGCAUCCGGCCAUAUUUAUAUUAAAAAUUUGUACUAUACUACACUAUAUGGCAAGAUGCGUCAAAUAGGCAUUAGGCCCUAGAGUGGGAAGCUCCUGAUCGCUCAAACAUUAGAUAACGCAUGUAAUUUCAUAAAAUAGUUAUUUCAUAGAAAACGGACAGUAAAAAUAAUCAUGUUCAUCAUCAUCAUUGUCAAAGUUCUUAUCCUAUAAAAUCAUAUUUUUAUUCGGCUUAUUUAUAACACGAUUCUCAGUGGUUAUUACAUCAUCAGAACGCUCGGUCACCGUUAAGGAAGACGAAAAAAACGUUCCCAUUUAAAUAAAAAACUUAAUUUAAUUAUUUCACUUAAAUUUAGUUUGCAGAGCGAAAAUAAUGUGCAUAAGACAUUAUAUGUAGGGAACUUGUUAAAUCAUAAUUACGACGUAACAAGUUAUUUAUUUGUCUCGAUCUUUAUGUCAUCAAUUUUCUCUGUGCAAUCGCCAUUCUCCGUCACUGUUUCUUCACUAAUGGAAUCUUCGGUUUCAAUUUCACCGUCGUUGACGUCUUCAGUGGAUACGGCUGCGCGACUUUCUUCAAACUUAUUUUUCUCUGUAGAAUUGUAAUAUAAAUAAUCAUAUUCUUCCACAUUACGCGCAGUAUAUGCAAUACUAUAUUAUGUUUAACAUACCAAAUUUAGAGCAAUCCGCUCCUAAAAGGCGUAAAUAGUGAAUCGCGUCACAAGUAGGCACAUAUGCUCUAAGAGAUAUUAUUCCCUUCCACCCAACCAUUUUGAGAUUUAGCGGGUUCAGAUUGUCAGUUCUCUCUUCUUUGUAUAACAGUAUACAACUUCCGGUCGCUUAAAUUAAAUAUAUUUUUCAAGCAAUAUUUGUUAUACAAUAUAAGAGCGAAAAAAGGAAACGUACUUACCGAAAUUCUUCAGACGUUCCUGAGUGUCUAAACUCAAUUUUACAAUUUCAGGUGGUGUGAGUGGAUCAUUGUUUUGUAAAAGCAUGAUUAAAUCUUCUUUUGAAACGUAAA